AACUUGUCAAUAAAAAUUGCGAAACGUGCAUUAAAAUUAAAGAACCAACGCGUCUUAUCUCGAGGCAACGUUGAGUUUGUUUGCUUCAGCUAAACACAUCCAUUCUACCCGUGAGAUGGGAAAAGUUAUAUAAAUCACCUUCUGACAUUUAGGAUUUGGUGAUAAUGUUCAUCGUGGCAAAUAAGCUGGGAAAAUGCGAGUAUUGAAUUAAGCAUUUACGGGGCAAAUAAUUUGGACUGAGAUAGCACUGCUGUACAUGGAUUACGUCUUGCGCAUUUUGUACUCAAUUCGAGUGCGGCCGAAAAGAAGACUGAAUGCCGUUUGAAAGAAGAGUUAUAUUAAUUAGCGACUUCGCCGGUGCCUCGCUUUUAAUGAUAUCUUUCAUGAAUCUGGUUGCGCUAGUUGUCCUCCAUCUUCAACAGCUGCGUCUAAGGUAAUCAGUGUUGGCUUUAUUUGGACCGGAUCAAACGAGGCAGCGAACUGAGGAUUCAUUUGUGCCAAGCCGAUGGUGUAAUUCGCCCGCGGCUUUGUCACGCGGCUUUAAGCAAAAUUAUUUCCAACGGGUUUACCGAAAACAGUUGUAAUUUCAAGUUGUUUUACCUUCCGAUUGGCGUCACCUACAGCGCCAACAAAUAUAAUUUAAUAAAUAUCCCAUGUCCAUUAUAGAAAUAAAGCAGACGAUAUUCACAGCAUAUUUAGAUGAAAAGCAAGGAAGGGGGGAAGCUUCAGGAAAGAUAACGAGAAAGUAAUGCGAUAAGGUAUACGUGUCGAAAGUGAACAGUGCAGAGGGCAAUUAGUAAAACUAGGAUAAAAUGUUUUACACGCAGAAAGCGUUAAAAGAAACGAUUGAGAUACACUGAACGAAUUAUUAAUUCGAUGCAGAUCAUUUGACUAGCUCUCGUCAACAAGAAAAACGUCCUGUAAAAAUGAUUUAAAGUAAUUUUAAGGAGCAAAUGAAAAAGCCUUGCUGACAUGAAUGAAAGAGGAACAUUCACAAUGAGUGGAGUCAAAGGGACUCUAAUUUGGUUCUCUCCCGAAGAGAUGGGAAUUAUAAUGGGCAGAGACCUACGCAUUACAGAAAUUAGAGGCUCCAUCAAAAGCGACGUUUACGCAGAAGGCCUCGUCUUCGGUUAUAUUCUCUUGAAAGGAAGACACAUCUACGGUGAAAAUCAAUAUGAUAUUGUGACGAACAUGAAGCAGAACAACCCAGCCAAUAUAAGUGAAAUUCACCAGAAACAUUUAGCACGUAACUUAAUAGAAAAAAUGCUGAAUAACACACCUGAUACAAGAAUUACAUCUGAAGAAGUUGUUAAUCAGCUUGAAGCCAUAAAUAUCAAACUUAGCAAAAAAGAAAAAAAGCUUCAUCAGCUGUCUACAUGUCCCAUAACAGAUUGUAGGAAUAACAUCGAAUCUUUAAUGUAACUCGGUGUCGACUUAAACGCAAAGGAUGACGAUGGAUGGAAUGCGCUUCAUCUUUUGUGUUUUAACAAUUCAAGUCCACAUUUAAUCCAUGGGAUUAAACUCUUGAUCGAACUCGGCAUCGACAAGGACGCAAAGAUCAACGAUGGAUCGAAUGCGCUUCAUCUUUUGUGUUUUAACGAUACAAGCCCACACUUCAUCGAAGCAAUUAAACUCUUGAUCGAACUCGGCAUCGACAAAAACGCAAAAACCAACGAUGGAUCGAAUGCGCUUCAUUAUUUGUGUCGAAACAAUUCAAGUCCACAAUUAAUCGACGCGAUUAAACUCUUGAUCGAACUCGGCUUCGAUAAAAACGCAAAAAACAACUAUGGAUCGAAUGCGCUUCAUCUUUUGUGUUAUAACCAUUCAAGCCCACAUUUAAUCGACGCGAUUAAACUCUUGAUCGAACUCGGCAUCGAUAAAAACGCAAAGGACAACCAUGGAUCGAAUGCGCUUCAUCUUUUGUGUUCUGACAAUUCAAGCCCACACUUAAUCGAUGCGAUUAAACUCUUGAUCAAACUCGGCAUCGACAAAAACGAAAAAUCCGUCGAUGGAUGGAGUGCGUUUCAUAAUUUGUGUUAUUACAAUUCAAGCCCACAAUUAAUCGAUGCGAUUAAACUCUUGAUCGAACUCGGCAUCGACAAAAACGCAAAAACCAAAUAUGGAUCGAAUGCGCUUCAUCUUUUGUGUCGAAACAAUUCAAGCCCACAUUUCAUCGAUGCGAUUAAACUCUUGAUCGAACUCGGCAUCGACAAAAACGAAAAAACCAACGAGGGAGCGAAUGCGCUUCAUUAUUUGUGUCAUAACAGUUCAACCCCACAUUUAAUCGAUGCGAUUGAACUCGUGAUCGAACUCGGUAUCGACAAAAACGCAAAAACCAACGAUGGAUGUAAUGCGCUUCAUCUUUUGUGUGAAUACAGUUCAAGCCCACACUUAAUCGAUGCGGCUGAACUCUUGAUCAAACUCGGUAUUGCAAAUACGUAAAGCCCUCCUUCUUUUGAUGGAAUGCAUGGAUUUGAGCCGGCGUAAUACAAAUCUAGCAAAUUGUAACGUGUACGAAAUUUUUAAAACCGGAUGAGGUGAAUUUUCAAAGAUAUUAUUUAUGGCAUUUACAAGGAUAUCAAGGUUGUUUGAAAACACACAAAACGCGCUACGUUGCAAUAAA